AUGUGUACAUCAGUUUCUGCUCCUCACUUAAUCUUGCGCUAAUGGAGAGCAACAGGUGCACGGACGGAUCCGCAAUGAAUCUGGUCCCAAACGGACGGGUCGGUGACCCGUCCACCAAACACCCUCACCGGGCGGCUCUGAUUCUGGCACGAGGUGGCAGUAAAGGAAUCCCGCUGAAGAACAUCAAGGUUCUGGCUGGAGUUCCUCUCAUCGGAUGGGUCGUGAGAGCUGCUCUGGAUUCAGAUGUCAUUGACAGUGUUUGGGUGUCUACUGAUCAUGAUGAGAUUGAAGAAGUUGCUCGAAUCUGUGGUGCAAAAGUUCAUCGGCGCAGUCCUGAAGUUUCCAAAGACUCCUCCAGCUCACUGGAGACCAUCAAAGAGUUCAUCCGGCAUAGACCUGAGGUGGACAUUGUUUGUCACAUUCAGGCAACUUCUCCAUGUCUGCACCCGUUUCAUAUCAAUGGAGCUCUGCAGAUGAUCACUGAACAGGGUUAUGACUGUGUGUUCUCAGUGGUGCGCAGACAUAAUUUUCGCUGGUCUGAGGUGAAGAAAGAGGGUGAACGCACAGAGCCUCUGAACAUCGACCCAGCACACAGACCACGACGUCAAGACUGGCCCGGGGAGCUCCAUGAAAACGGAUCUUUCUACUUUUACACGAGAGAAGCUGUGGAAAAGAGCCUUAAGGAGGUGGGUAAGUGGGGCUACUAUGAGAUGCACCCAGAAUACAGUGUUGAUAUUGAUGUGGAUAUAGAUUGGCCGGUGGCUGAGCAGAGAAUUUUGAGGUUCGGAUAUUUUGGAGGAAAAAAGAAAACAGAGAUCAGGUUGUUUCUGUGCAGUGUAUCUGGCUGUCUGACAAACGGUCAAAUAUACGUGUCUGUUCCAGGAGAGCAGUUUGUUGCCAUCAAUGGUCGAGACCUGGCGGGAAUUCGAAUGCUACAGAGGGAAGACAUUGAGGUGAUUCUUAUAUCUAAUGUGAAUGAGAUGGUGUCCAAAGAUUUGCUGGAGACCAUUUCUAAGCAGACAGGCUGUAACAUAAGACUCGUGAUGGAGAGGAAAGAUCUGGAGUGUCUGAUGAAAGAGAAAAACGUGCAGAAGGAUGAGGUGGCCUUCAUGGGUGCAGAAUGUGAAGAUGUGGAGAUCAUGACGCAGGUGGGGCUGAAUGCUGUACCUCCUGAUGCACCUGUUUCACGUCUCAUUGCAGCUGACUUCACCUGUCAAAGACCAGCAGGUCAUGGGGCGGUUUUUCAGUUUGCUCAGUACAUCCUGCAGACAAAGAAAAAUACAAAGUCACAGAUGAACGUGAUCUCAUCAAAUGGAAAAACUUCUUCCAUACUACAGAUUUGAUUUUGAUUUUAUCAUUUGGGAUAACUUUUUUCUACUAAUCAUUAAUUUUUCAGUUGUUUUAUAGAAAGUCAUUUUUUCACACUGUAAAAUUAUUUGGUGCCGUAAUUUUUUUGUUGAAUCAACUCAGAUUUAUAAGUUAUGUCAACAUACUAUUAUUUAACUUGAAAGAAUUUUUAACAUAACAGAAAAUGUUUUUUUUUUUUCAAAUCACAACAAUUAACUAUUUAUUAAAAUGUGUAACAUGAUUUAGC